AUGCGUUCUGUCACUGCCCUCCUCUUGGCUCUCGCCAACUUCUCUCUGGUCUCUGCUGCUCCUGCCACCAAGGUGCUCGAUGAGAGCGUGUUUGAAAACGCCGACACUCCUACUUGGAAGAUUGCCGUUGUCGAGGGCGAAGCCCCUGUUGAGUUCAAGGGUACCAUCCAAGAUGUGAUGAAGCAGCUCGAAGUCGACUACCCCGAGUAUGCCCGCAAAGCUCACGAGAGGAUUGAUGCUGCAAUUGAGGCUGAAGAGGUAGACGAUGCACCUCCGUCUCCUGAGGCUCAGGCUCUCGAGCGCUUGAAGAAGCGGGACCACAAUGUUUGCUGGAACUUCCCUUCUGCGAGGGAGAGGCCCAUCAACGACGGAAUUCAGUACCUGCGUGGUAUCGCUGGCGGCUUGACUGUUCGCGCAGGUCCGGGAGCCUGCGACAGAAUCAGCUGCUCAAGCAAUGCAGGCAUCUUUAUUUGCAACGAUAACCGCACUCCAUUUUGGAUUCCGUCCUGGGAUAAUGUUGCCAAUGCAGCCAAGGCUUGUAACAACGAGUGCCGUAAGUUCUGCUUUGAUUGCGGUCUUCAAACCGGUUGGUGGACCGCUGGACAGCGCUUUCAUGACGCCAACUUCAACGUUAUCAUUCGCGAGUCGUCAUGCUAA